AUUUCUUGUUUGUUUUCCAUUGAUUGACUGUCCUUUGUCUCAUGAUGUUUUUGCAAUUUGCUCAUUUCCAGGGCAGCAGGUUCUUGGCUUAGUGGAGAACCAAAGUGAUUGGUAUUUGGGAAACCUUUGGAAGAAUCAUCGGCCGUGGCCAGCGCUUGGGAGGGGCUACAACACAGGGGUUAUCUUGCUGCUUCUCGACAAGUUACGGAAGAUGAAAUGGGAGCAGAUGUGGAGACUCACAGCAGAGCGGGAGUUAAUGAGCAUGCUAUCCACUUCACUGGCUGACCAGGAUAUCUUCAAUGCAGUCAUCAAACAAAAUCCCUUCCUUGUCUACCAGCUCCCAUGUUUCUGGAAUGUGCAGCUGUCUGAUCACACACGUUCAGAGCAGUGCUACAGAGAUGUGUCUGACCUGAAGGUGAUUCACUGGAACUCACCAAAGAAGCUGCGAGUGAAAAACAAGCACGUGGAGUUUUUCCGCAAUCUCUACCUGACAUUCCUGGAAUAUGAUGGGAAUUUGCUGAGACGGGAACUCUUUGGCUGCCCCAGUGAGGCAGAUGUUAACAGCGAAAAUCUCCAGAAACAGCUCUCUGAGCUGGACGAGGAUGACUUAUGCUAUGAAUUUCGUCGAGAACGUUUCACCGUCCAUCGCACUCAUUUGUAUUUUCUACAUUACGAAUACGAGCCUGCUUCAGACAAUACCGACGUAACACUGGUGGCCCAACUUUCAAUGGACAGGCUCCAGAUGCUUGAAGCCAUCUGCAAACACUGGGAAGGUCCAAUCAGCCUGGCACUCUAUCUUUCUGAUGCAGAAGCCCAGCAAUUUCUGCGCUACGCCCAGGGCUCGGAAGUGCUUAUGAGCCGCCACAAUGUCGGCUACCAUAUCGUGUACAAGGAGGGCCAGUUCUAUCCUGUGAAUCUACUGAGGAAUGUGGCCAUGAAGCAUAUCAGCACACCAUACAUGUUUCUGUCCGACAUUGACUUCUUGCCCAUGUAUGGACUCUACGAGUACCUCAGGAAGUCCGUCAUCCAGCUAGACCUGGCUAACACCAAGAAAGCUCUGAUUGUACCUGCUUUUGAGACCCUACGCUACCGCCUCUCCUUCCCUAAGUCAAAAGCAGAGCUGCUAUCUAUGUUGGACAUGGGAACCCUCUUCACAUUCAGGUAUCACGUCUGGACGAAAGGGCAUGCGCCAACGAACUUUGCCAAGUGGCGAACAGCCACCACCCCCUACCGCGUUGAGUGGGAAGCAGACUUUGAGCCAUACGUUGUUGUGAGGAAGGACUGCCCGGAGUAUGACAGGCGGUUUGUUGGAUUUGGCUGGAACAAAGUAGCUCACAUCAUGGAAUUGGAUGCACAGGAGUACGAGUUCACGGUGCUGCCCAACGCCUACAUGAUCCACAUGCCGCACGCCCCCAGCUUCGACAUCACCAAGUUUCGCUCCAACAAGCAAUACCGCAUCUGUCUCAAGACCCUGAAGGAGGAGUUCCAGCAGGAUAUGUCGCGCCAUUAUGGCUUUGCAGCCCUCAAAUAUCUCACGGCAGAGAACAACAGCUAGCACAACAGAGCCCGUGUGCAGGAAACAGGGACACUGGAGGGAGGAGCCACUCAACGUUUGGGGCCUAGUCUUCAAACUUCGAACUGAGAAAUACUUUCUGUUUUUAUAUCAUACUCUGCAGUUCUAACAGUAGAAAUUUGAAGUGACAUGUCUUCGGACUAUGCUCAUUCGUCCCUUCCCCGACUACCCCAGGCCUUUCAGCUUUAGCAUUCGUGAGGUGUCAGCGAGAGGGGCCGGCCACGCGCCCGCCAUGCUGCCGGAGGUGGGGACUGGGCAGGGGCUGGGGACGCACUCUGCUCUCUUAAGUGCAGAGCAAAGACAGACCUUCAGAAUAUAGGAUUUCAUGAUGCUAUUUAAUAAUUUGACAUGCUUUUUAUCUGUAAAGGA